AAGAACCGAAGACACAGGAGCGAAGGCAAUCAAUCAGCAGCAGCCUUCAUCCUCGUACAGUCAACGAGGCGUCGCCCGAUCCCGAUCGCACUGUCCUCUUGUCCUCUUGUCACCACCGUCACACCCACCGUCGUCAUCUCUUCAACAUCUCUAUCUCUCUCUCUGUCAUAAUUCAUACUCACCGUACACGCUCACUUGCACCCGCAAAGGAUCGACACCAUUGUCGGGAAAUGGAGCCCGUGGUGAUCCAUUCGUGGUCUGCUCCCAGGUCGCUCAGCACCAGCCUCAUGUACUCCUUCGCUCAGAGGGAUGACAUGGAAGUGCUUGAUGAACCUCUUUAUGCAAAUUUCCUUCGGGUGACAGGUGCAGAUAGGCCUUACCGGGAGGAUCUUCUGUCCAAAAUGGAGUCUGAUGGCAACAAAGUUGUAAAAGAUAUCAUAUAUGGUCCUGGGAGCAAGAGAUACCGUUACUGUAGGUAUCAUAUUGCAAAGCAACGGGUGCCUGGUAUUGGAAAUGAUCUGAUGAAGAAAGGAAAGCAUUUCAUAUUGAUUCGCAAUCCGAUGGAUAUAUUGCCAUCCUUUGAAAAGGUCGUCCCUCCAUCAUUUCUCGAGUUAGGCCUGGCAGAGUUAGUCUCCAUAUACAGUGAGCUCUGCGAGUUGGGGAAUCCCCCAGCAAUUAUUGAUGUAGCAGAUCUGCAACAGGAUCCUGAGGCUACUUUGGGUAGACUUUGUGAAGAACUAGAUAUUCCUUUUCAGGCUGCUAUGCUCAAAUGGGAAGCUGGUCCAAAGGCUAUAGAUGGCUUAUGGGCUCCAUGGUGGUACAAAAGUGUACACAAGUCUACAGGCUUUGAUCCACCUAAAAAGUAUCCCCUCGCAAUUCCCGAUGUCCUCUAUUACUUGCUGGAGCAAAGUUUACCAUUUUACAACCUGCUCAAAUGCCAAGUGAGGCGAAGAUCAUCACAGCCCACCCCUGAGCUUCCAGUACCAGCCAAUGAAAAGCUACUUGCUUGGGUUGGUGAUGAGAUCCUCCCCCGUGACAGCGCAAAGGUUUCUGUCUUUGAUUCAGUAGUCCAAGGAGGUGAUUCAGUGUGGGAAGGUCUUGAGUUUUACGAUGGGAAGAUUUUUAAACUUGAAGAACACUUGGAUAGGUUGUUUGACUCAGCCAAAGCUCUGGCUUUUAGCAAUGUUCCGACUCCGACACGUGAACAGGUUAAGGAUGCGAUCUUCAAGACUCUUAUCACGAACGGGAUGUUUGAUAAUGCACACAUUCGUUUGUCUCUAACGCGUGGCAAGAAGGUUACUUCUGGCAUGAGUCCUGCAUUCAAUCUUUAUGGUUGUACGUUAAUAGUGCUCCCUGAAUGGAAACCCCCUGUAUAUGAUAAUACACAUGGAAUUACUCUGGUAACAGCCACAACACGACGCAACUCGCCUAAUAACUUGGAUUCCAAGAUUCACCACAACAAUCUUCUGAAUAACAUACUUGCAAAGGUAGAAGGAAACAAUGCAAAUGCAGAUGACGCAAUCAUGCUCGACAAGGAUGGUUAUGUGUCAGAAACCAAUGCUACUAACAUUUUUUUGGUGAAGAAAGGACGUGUUUUGACGCCUCAUGCUGAUUAUUGCCUUCCUGGCAUUACUCGAGCAACUGUCAUGGACCUAGUUAUUAAGGAGAAUCUGAUCUUAGAGGAACGGAGAAUUAGCUUAUCAGAAUUCCACACAGCUGAUGAGGUAUGGACAACGGGAACCAUGGGAGAACUUAGUCCAGUUGUCAAGAUUGAUGGACGGAUAAUUGGGGAUGGAAAAGUAGGUCCAGUGACUCGAAGAUUACAGGGUGCGUACAAAAAUCUGACAGGAGAAUCUGGAGUGCCUAUACCAACUUCCAACGAGUUGUAAUUGUCCCAUUAUAGAAAGAUACUGCCCCAUCCCUGGAAUAAACAGAUGGUCCUUGCUGCUGUGUGUGUUGAGGGAAUUGAAUGGGAGGGACCUGUGAAACUAGAUGCGGAAGGCAAUCAGGUCAUGAGGAAUGCCUAUCCAUAUGUAUGACAGUAAUGUGGUGUUUCAAGUUCUCCUGCGUAAAGACGAUGUGCAAUUAUAAUACUGAUGUUAUGGUCAUUGUGUGUUCAAACACAGAUGUCUUACAUCUGUAAUUGCUACAAAGCUUUUGCUUCUUCAAUAAAAUGAAGACACCCCUCAUUGUGUUCCAUUGAGA